AUGCGAGAUGUUAAGAGGUGUGAGAAUGGGGCAACAAAUGAGGCAUGUGAACCCAUCCGAUAUGGCCUAGAUGAUCCUCAACAGUGUAAAAACAUUCGGGUAAAAUGGCUGAAAGAUGACCAGUGUGCAAUAAUUGUUGGCAAAAUAACACCGCCUCUAAGUUCUCGCUCAGUCAAGAGUUGCCAGAUGAUCCUUGGGGCAUCAUCAACCAGCAAAUUUCAGUUUGUGCAGUUGACGUUUGAUACUUUUUACAUUAAUAGUUGUGACGUUGUCCUCCAGAUUUCAGAUUCUCCUUCUGCACAGUUUGAUAGCAAAGUUCAAGACUUGGCUUUGUUGUCAUGUGAAUCUCCAAACCCUGGAAAAAUUUAUUCCCAUGAGGGAAACCACGUCAAAUUAUUUUUGAAACGAGAAGAUAAAUACAUUCGAAAUUACAACUUUAGAAUAAAUGCUUCACUCUCGGCUGGUCCUCCAGUACCCACAACGUCCAUCAAAACUAUUAUGAUAAUAAUUGGCCUUGUGACGGGUGUACUGAUCAUUGGCUGUGGAUUACUUUAUAAGUAUUAUCUAAUGCGACAGUCGAGAUGGCUGGAGUCAACAGCAAACCUGGAUAUGGUCGAGCCGUGCACACCUCGGGUUAGACACAGGUUCCCUGGCACAAACCAUCCACGGAGUGGGAACACAGUGGGGACACAAACACUAAUGAAUGUUGAUCUUCAUAAUCGUCACAACAUCCAUUCCUCUCCACAGAAUAACAUUCCAGCUGACAACGAACCACACGUCCACAUCAUUUAUGGCGGCCAGAAUGGGACGGUGGUACUUGACACUGCCACAGACUCUAACGUAGACCUGGAUUGCUCUCCGCCUUCCUAUGAGGAAGCAAUAUCAAUGCCGAGCCGACCUGCCCCGGGACUGUUUUUGUUUGGAGGAGCUACGGACACUGCCUCAGCUGCCAGCACCACUACCACUACCACUGCCGAAGCCACUCCCACAGCUGCCUCUGUGGCUUCUACCACACCUACGGAAGUGAUAGGUGCUGUGGGUGGGGCUCCAUCCAAAUCUGGGAUGGGAUCAACAAGUGGUGCACUGGACUGCUGA